AUGUUGCGUCAUAACGUCCACCCUUCGGUGUCGCUUGACUACACCUUCCCACAACCCUCCACUGAACAGGCGCCCAACUUGGCCCUUACAGCCGACGUGUUGUUGAGCAAAAACCUCAGAGUUCAAGAUGAUCCCCUUCCUCAACCAGCUCGGGUGUUGGAACAGCCAAUCUCCAAGAACUUCCCAAAUGGCCACACAGAAGCCAGAGAACCGCUUCAGGAACUUCUCGAAGAAAACAGAGCCAUAAUUGGCGAUUACAAGCUCGAACUCCCUUUCUCACAAGACAAGCCCACCAAGCCCAAGACUAUGGUGCCAGUUAGCGCCAAGAACGCCAGCCCUCGGAGACACUCCCAUGACUCCCCCAAUAAGUCCAGAGGUAUCAAGCGUUUCAGACAGCAUGACGAAGAGGAGGCCGAGUUUGCCGAUAUUACUGAAUGCAGCUACAUCCAGGCAGAAACUUCCUCGAUCUACAAUACUCCCAUCCCCAACAAAACCAUCUACUUCUCGCCUUCGGGAUCUUCUAAGAAACCAGCAAAUAACCUCUUACAGUCUACUCCCGUUUCGUUCUUGAAGGAGGCCCAAUUGAACCACCAGAAAUCCAACAAAAAGCUUCUCACCAAGAAGAGCAGCAUGAUGUUAAUUGCCAGAUUGAAGGAAGAAACUAAGAAGAACACUGAGGCCGACGAAUCAGACUACGACCAUUUGGCUUGCCAUGCCGAUAAUAUCAUGAGAAUGGCGGUCGACUCAACCAUGUUGGGUUCUUCGUUUUCUUCUUCGUUCUCCAAUACUUUUGGUAAUGAUUCUGUACUUGGUUUACAAUCCAAGAAGAAGUAUCCUGAUUUCUUCAAUGAUGAGAAUGACUCUGAUAGAAGUAUUCUUGAAGGUAUGAAGGCAAGAUGGACAUCUAGUUUGGCAAAGCUGAAGGCCACCAAGACUACCAUUGAUGCUGACGACUUGCAAGCAGCAGUUGCAGAAUGA